CCCUGAUGAUGAUGACGAUGAUGAUGAUGAUGAUGAGAAUGGUGGAUCUGAAACAACCAAUAAUAUUAGAAAACCGGAUAAUGAUUCAAUGAAAAUGUUUGUUGGACAAAUACCACGUGAUUGGUAUGAAGAUGAUUGUCGCCAAUUAUUGGAACCAUAUGGUGAAAUCUAUGCUAUCAAUAUACUCAAAGAUAAAGAAACAAAAAAAAGUAAAGGAUGCUGUUUCGUUACGUACUAUACGAGAAAAGCGGCUCUUGAUGCACAGAAUGCAUUGCACAAUCUUCGAAAACUUCCAUCGUGCCGAAAUCCGAUUCAAAUGAAACCGGCAGAUAACGAAAAUAAAAAUGAUCGUAAACUUUUCAUUGGAAAAUUGCCGAAAUUCAUUACAGAAACAGAAAUAUUGAAAACAUUUGAACAAUUUGGACUUAUUGAAGAAUGUAUUAUAUUACGUGAUAAUCAAGGACAAAGCAGAGGAUGUGCAUUUGUUACAUUUUCCACACGUUCAAAUGCAACACAAGCGAUGCGUGAAUUAAAUCAGACAAAAAUAUUUGAUGGAUGUAUGGUUCCUAUUGUUGUUAAAUUUGCUGAAUCAAAUCCCGAUCAUCAACAUCAACGACGACAACAACAACAACAACAACAACAAUCAAAUUCUCAUAGUGAUCUUCGAUCACCAAUCACAAUAAUGAAUAGUCUUUUUAAUACGGCAACAACGCCUAUGGCUGCUAUAAAUCUAUCAGCGCAGCCAUUAGUUUCCUAUCCAAGGGUCCAUGCUCAAUCACCAAAUUCAUCAAUUACAUCAACCGGGACGAAUGCAUUGUCGGCAAUAGAUCAGACAAAUUCUGUUUAUCUUAAUAAUUUGAUCAAGUUUCAACAACAACAAUCUCAACAGCAACAAUUGUUAAAUAUGUCCACAUUAAGUCAUCCUACUGCAAAUCCAUAUGCAACAGCAGCAGCUUUACCAACUGAUUUGACCUAUCCAAAUCUGGUUCUGGGAACCAAAUCGACAGCUACAGCGGCCGCAUUAAUAGCUUCAGGCCAAAUUUCUGCAGCAGCUUAUCCGACUACGGCGACUGUAACGAAUACCAGUCCUACUCAUCAUUUUCCAUUGGUAGCAAUGGCAGCGAAUGCAAAAUUGGCCGAUUCAUUAACGAUGGCUGCUAUGAAUGCUACAUCACCAUAUCAUCAUGCCUAUCAUCAUCAUCAUCACCAUCCUGCUGUUUAUCAUGCCAAACACCAUUAUGGUCUAACUACAACAACAACGACAGCGGCAAUGAAUAAUGGGAAACAAAUCGAAGGCCCUGAUGGAUCAAAUCUAUUCAUUUAUCAUCUUCCAGCCGAAUACUCUGAUUAUGAUCUGAUCACAUUAUUCGCUCCAUUCGGUAAUGUUAUUUCAGCCAAAGUUUUUAUCGAUAAAAAUUCAAAUCUAAGUAAAUGUUUUGGUUUUGUAUCAUACGACAAUCCAGAAUCGGCACAAAAUGCCAUCAGAUCAAUGAAUGGUUUUCAAGUGAUGAAUAAACGUUUAAAAGUACAACUUAAAAUUCGUGAAAAACCGUACUGAAUCAUCGUCAUCAUCGUUUUUGGCCAAACAACUUUGCAGUGAGAAAAAAAACAACAAAAAAAAUCCAAUGAAUAGAAGAUAGAAGAACCCUUUUAUAUCUUUUUGUUAUCAUCAUCAUCAUCAUCAUCAUCAACUAGUCAAGGCAAUAAAUUUCCAAAGAUCCAGAAAA